UUGUUAUUUUGCCUUGAUUUUGUUGAUAUUUCAGCCUUACUUCCAAAGGCCUCUGGCCCUCACUACAAUUACCUUUGCCGGCCCACUCGAGAAAACAGUUUUGUAACUCAGGGGCAGGCGGUGCACGGUGACACAGACCCCCAACCCCAGCUUUCUGGACGACGUUCUUUGGCGGAUGCCUGUCGUCCGGAUACCCUACACCGAAAGGAGAUGUUGUCUCCCGAUCUAAACAUUUGCUUGGGUCCAAAGGAUGCGCCAAUAGUCUCGCGCGAUUCCAUCUCACAAGAGGUUUUAGACGCUCUGGAAGAAGGCGGAAAAUGGCUUGACUCAUUCAUGCCGUUUCAGAAUGUACUGGAUCUUUGUGUUCCCCAGACUGAACCUUUCGGCCAGCCUCGUGGAUAUCUACUUCGUGAGCUCGGCUGA